CCGAAGCGGGUCGCAGGAAUAAGGCGUUCUCUUUGUCGCACGAAUGGCGAGGCUCGCUGGAGCCGGUAGUUGAGGCGCUGAGGGAAGCUGUAGUGCCAGUGUUCGAGGAUUCGCCUGGCUACGCUCCUCCUCUCAGCUGCUCUCUGGACUGGGUUCUCUAAAGAGCCAUGGAGCCCGGAGCGGCCCGUGUGCGACCUCGGGCAGGACCAUGGGCUCCACCGCGUGUGGCCCCCGCACUCGGCUGGCAGAAUCCGAGGGAGUCGGGGGUCGCGCAGUGUGGGGAGGAGUGGACAUGACUGCACCGGGCGCGUGGAGGGCAGCUGGGUCCAGAGGUUUCGCGGUGGUCUGCAGCUUUCUUAUGUAGGAAGGCGUGGAGAGACCAUGAAACAUGAUUUGGUCCUGUUGCUUCCUGCCUAAAACCAUUUGAAGUUUAAGAAGAGGGAUUCCACUACUAGCCUAUCUUUUUCUGCUCUGGAAGCCGCGGUGGAGGCAGUAGAGCGCGGGGAAGUUGGCGGGACGGGCCUAUGGGAGGAACACGUGCUUGGGGAAGCCCCCGGGAGUUUUAGGGCAGCCCCUGACGAGCGGUGCCGGGUUUUGAAAAGUCAGUGGUGAACGUGCUAUCCCCGUUCUCAGACAGAUAGGAGAGUACAAGUCUCUUCGCUGCAAGGAAGGAGGUUGGGAAAGAGCCUCGGGAGCUUGUGAAAUGGGAUUGAACACACUGAGCUAUUCGGGGAAUCUGGGAAGGUCUCCGAGGAAAUGUCGUUUGAGAUGCGAAGGAUGAUUAGAAGAGAGUUUGAGCAGGGAGAACGGAAUGUGCAAAGGCCUGGAGGUGGGGAAGGCGUAUGUGGCUGAUGGAGUGGAGAGCGUGCCAGUGUGGCUGGAGAUAAGAAUGACGGGGUUAGACAGUGCAGGGAACUCAUUCAUUCCCAUUUUGUUCCUCCAGCUCUGUGCCUGGUGCAGUGUCGUUCUUCAAUGUUUGUAUGCCUAUCGUGCAUAUGAUUCAAAAACAAGAUCUUUGGGGAGCUGUGCUGGGUAGGGAGCGUUUCAGUUUUAUAAGAUGAAAAGAGUUACAGAGAUGGAUGGCGGUGAUCGUUAUAUGAUGUUAUGAAUGUAUUUAAUACCACUGGACUGUAUACUUAGAAAUGGCUAAUUGUACAUUUAAAGUUGAAGUUUGCCGCUAAAGAUGGCAGACCCAGAUGUCCUCACCGAGGUUCCUGCAUCAUUGAAGAGGUUAGCCAAGUAUGUGAUCCGGGGCUUCUAUGGCAUUGAGCAUGCUUUGGCCUUGGACAUCUUGAUCCGGAACCCUUGUGUGAAAGAGGAGGAUAUGUUGGAGCUGCUCAAGUUUGAUCGGAAGCAGCUUCGUUCAGUUUUGAAUAAUUUAAAGGGAGACAAGUUCAUCAAAUGCAGAAUGAGAGUAGAGACUGCUGCGGAUGGGAAAACCACUCGCCAUAACUACUACUUUAUCAAUUAUCGUACUCUUGUUAAUGUGGUAAAAUAUAAAUUGGACCACAUGAGAAGGAGGAUUGAAACUGAUGAGAGAGAUUCCACCAACCGGGCUUCCUUCAAAUGUCCUGUAUGUUUUAAUACUUUUACAGAUUUAGAAGCUAAUCAGCUCUUUGAUCCCAGGACAGGAACUUUCCGCUGCACUUUUUGCAAUACAGAGGUAGAAGAAGAUGAAUCAGCAAUGCCCAAAAAAGAUGCACGCACACUUUUGGCAAGGUUUAAUGAACAAAUUGAGCCCAUUUAUGCUUUGCUUCGGGAAACAGAGGAUGUGAACUUGGCCUAUGAAAUACUUGAGCCAGAACCCACAGAAAUACCAGCCCUGAAACAGAGCAAAGACCGUGCAGCAACUACGACUGGAGCUGCUGGCCUGUCAAGUGGGCACCACCGGGAAGCAUGGGCUACCAAAGGCCCCUCCUAUGAGGACUUAUAUACUCAGAAUGUUGUCAUUAACAUGGAUGACCAAGAAGAUCUUCAUCGAGCCUCACUGGAGGGGAAAUCUGCCAAAGAGAGACCCAUUUGGUUGAGAGAGAGCACUGUCCAAGGAGCAUUUGGUUCUGAAGAGAUGAAGGAAGGUGGCUUAGAUAUAGAUGCAUUUCAAGAUCGUGAGGAAGGCCGUGCAGGGCUGGAUGAUAACGAGGAGGUUAUGCGAGCACUACUCAUUCAUGAGAAGAAGACCCCCUCUGCUACUGCUGGCUCAGUGGGGGCGGCUGCUCCUGUGACCGCUGCCAAUGGCAGUGACUCGGAGAGUGAGACCAGUGAGUCAGACGAUGACUCCCCACCUCGUCCAGCUGCUGUGGCUGCACAUCACCGAGAGGAUGACGAGGAGGACGAUGAGUUUGAGGAAGUAGCAGAUGACCCCAUUGUUAUGGUGGCUGGUCGUCCAUUCUCGUACAGCGAAGUGAGCCAGCGGCCAGAGCUGGUGGCACAGAUGACACCAGAGGAGAAGGAAGCGUACAUAGCAAUGGGACAACGCAUGUUUGAGGACCUCUUUGAAUGAUCUGUCCCUACAUUUUCCUCCUUUCUCUAAAGCUCAUUUCAAAAAGAAAGUACCUACCUUUGAAGAAAAGUAUUUAAGUGGCUUUCUGCCCUUCUUGAUGUAAAGCGACUGUUAAUCUUGCGCAAAAAAAACCACAAAAAACACUGGGAGAGAAAGAUUGAUUUUUAUGACAGAAACUUUCCCAAAAGGUAGGUUGACUACAAGCGUUCCUUUUCCCAUUACUACUACAGUAUUGCCAUUUUACUGUAUUUUCUUAUCUAAUCCUUUUCCUUUCCUUUUUAAGACACAUUCUUCUCCCUUGUGAAAUAAAUAAGGGAAGUCUUAAGGUAAAUUCUUUCUGUCUGCCUGCAGAAGCCCACUAUGACAGGUUACAGUAAUUCACUGAUCACAUUUUUUAAAAAUCUAUUUUGAGCCAGCAUUCCAAACAAUUCCUGGUAUUGCUGCAAACCAAAGCAGCUUGCCAACAGCAAAUCAUUUAAUGAGGGACAAAACAAUCUUAAAACUUCAAUUGAGGAUGAUGUCAAUAAGUAAGGGGAAGUUGGGAAUGUGUGUGGAAGAGGGAUGGAUAUGCCUAAAUCUUAUGAUUAAUAUCUAAACCAAAAUUUGUGUAUUUAGAACUGACCUGACUGGAAGAGUCUAUUGUUUUGCUUAUUGUCUUUUGGUUUGUAUGUUGGAUGAUAGAAAGCAGAAAGUAUUUUGGUAAACCCUUAUGAAGAAAUUAGGAAAAAAACAAACAUGAAUGAAGGACCAGGAGUUCCAUGUAAAGGGUUCAAAAGUGAAGAGCAUUGAGAAUAGUACCUUUUAGAAUUGCCUGAGUUUGUGCUGAUUUGGAAAUCCUUUAUAGAAAGGUGAGACUGGUCCCUUCCUUUUUCUCUUCUUCUACAGUGCUGUAAAUUGUUUAAUGAGGGCAUUUCAGCAAAAAUUAGCAUGUAACAAUUGAUACUCCCCUCUUUUCCCCUCUCAACACUAUUGAACAUCUUCUUUGUUUCUCUUUUGAUUGUUGUCAGACAUGGUAUUAUAGAGUACACCCAGUAUAUUGUUGAGCAUUGUAACCUCAAGGAACAUAGUUUAUCAUUUCAGUUCUGCUGUGUAGCAUGGUAUUAUUCCCUAAGGCAGAACUUUAAAAGUAAGGAACUUUCAUACAAGGAUCUAUAACAAUUGUAUAUUUUGUAAUAUUUCCCCUUGCAUUGUAAGUUUUAAGUAUUUAUCAUUUUUUAUAGUACAUGUGUGUAGUUAAGGUAGAUUUUAGAGUUAUCUGAGCCUUAUAGGAAGUGGUGUUUCAUUUACAUGGUGUAUGAAUGACUGAAUAUUAACAAACUAUUUUAUACUGACUAAAAUUUGUUCAUUUCCAGCUCUGUAACAUCUUGGAACAUAAUUAAAAUGAAUAUUCUUCCCAUUAAAAAAA